AGCACCCAUCACCCCCCAGCACCCAUUGCCCCCAGCACCCAUCACCUCCCGCUGUCCCCCCAGGCUCGGCAGCGGGUGCUGGCCCCAGCCCUGGCACGGGCCACGCGGGACCCGUUCCCCCCCGCGCGGGCGGCCGCCGUCGCUGCCUUCGCUGCCACCCAUGGGUGCUACUCGGCGCAGGAGUGCGCGAGCAGGGUGCUGCCGGCGCUGUGCGCGCUCACCAACGACCCGCACCCCGGCGUGCGCGCGCAGGCAUUUCGGGCCAUCCGCAGCUUCCUGGACCACCUGGAGGCAGCCUCGGAAUCCGGGGGGGCCCAGGAGGGGGAUGCCCCCACCGCAGCCGCAGCGCCGGGGGGGGCAGCGCUGGGGGCCCCGGGGGGGUUGGGGGCCGCCGUGUCCUGGGCUGUCACCUCCCUGACAGCGCGACUGAUGGGGGGCGAGCCCGGGGCCCCCCCACAGGGCCCCCCCCAGCAGCCCCCCCUCGAGGCCUCUCCCAGCCCCCCAAAAGAGCUGCCCCCCGAGGAGCCCCCCCAAGAAGAUGUUGAUGGAUGGGACGAGGACUGGGGCAGCCUGGAGGACAUGGAGCUGCCGCGGAGCCCCCCCCCCAGCAGUGAGAAGGAUGCGGGGCCCCCCCCCCAGCCCCCCCCAUCACAGCCCCCCCCCAGCCCUGCGCAGGGGGGAGGAGGGGGACUGGGGGGUGGGGGGGGAGUGGGGCACCGAGGAUGCCUGGGAGGCUCUGCCCAGCCACAGGGGGCCCCCCCCGGACCCGGACCGGCGGCGGCGCCGCGAGGCCGAGGGGAAGCCCCGGGGGGGGCCCCGGCCCCGCCCCCUCAAGCUGGGGGCGCGCAAACAGGACUGAGCGCGGGAAUAAAGCACGUGCGGCGGGAGCGGUCACGUGGCUGUGACCCAUCCGUGCGGCUCUCGAAGGCGCUGAGCUACGUCCUGCGGCACGGGGCUGCGGCCGAGGGGCUGCCUAUGGGGCCGGACGGGUUCGUGCCGCUGGGGGCGCUGCUGCGCCUGCCCCGCUUCCGGGGGGUGUCGGAGCGGGAGGUGCGGAACGUGGUGGCCGCGGACCCCAAGGGGCGAUUCCGGCUGAGCCCGGAGCCGCUCCGGAUCCGAGCGAACCAGGGACACAGCCUGCACGUGAGGGGGGGGCGGAAAGGGGGGACCCCAAAAAGGGGGGGUCCGAAAGGGGGAGGGGUCCGAAAGGAGGGGUCCCAAAAAGGGGGG